ACACUGUUUUAAAAAGUUUUGAAUAAAAUAAAUUGAGAGGGAAACGUAAACGAGGCUGACACAAGCAAUAUCCUUACGCCCGCAGAGCUGUUCAACGUUGCAUUACGUCGUGGGCGUAAAGGCUCCUUGUAAUGGCGACCGUGCCGUCGAUGUGCCUAGAAAUGAUAAAGCUCAAGUCCAACCAAACCCGGACGUACGACGGGGAUGGCUACAAGAAGCGGGCAGCCUGCCUGUGCUUCAGGAGUGAGUCGGAGGAGGAGGUGCUGUUAGUGAGCAGCAGUGGACAUCCUGAUAAGUGGAUUGUUCCUGGUGGGGGAAUGGAGCCUGAAGAAGAGCCUAAUGUUGCUGCAGCUCGAGAAGUGUGUGAAGAGGCCGGUGUGAAGGGAACCUUGGGUCGUUUAGUUGGAAUAUUUGAGAACAAGGAGAGGAAACACAGAACCUACGUGUAUGUUCUAGUUGUAACAGAAGUACUGGAGGACUGGGAAGACUCGGUCAACAUUGGGAGGAAAAGGGAAUGGUUUAAAAUAGACGAUGCCAUACAAGUGUUGCAGUCUCACAAGCCCGUGCAGGCCACCUACUUCGAGGCUCUCCAGGAGAGUUGCCUAACCAGUAAUGGAACGCCACUGGUGACCACGAUAGGCGACGACCUCUCCCCAACCUACAGCAUUAAUCAGAGCUCCGGUUCGGGUAUCAGAUAACUAGAACCACAACUCUGAUUUCCCCCUGGAGCUUAUGCCACCACUUGCGCUCUUACUUGUGUCACUUCUUUCUCCUCUCCUCUCUUCUGUCCUCUACUGUUUUUUUUGAUGUUCUUUUUUUCAGUAACAUGGUAUGCCUUGCCAACUCCUUUGUGCCAGAAUUGUGGCACAGACUUGAUGACAAGUGUUGGGUGAAUAGACUGAAACACUUUGUAAAUGUAAUUAAAUGUAAUUUUUGAUCCCUGUUCUUUUUCCCUCUUUUUACAGAAAAUGCAUGAAGUAUCCCCUCAUUCCCUGUUCUUAUGCACCCUUAGUGUGGUGUUAAAUGAAUGCAAGAACUACUUUUUACUGUUGUAAUGUAAAAGUGUAUGCGUAGUGCUUAACCUGAAGGCUUUUUGGUGGUCUUUUUAAUGUCUUCUCCAUUAUUUUGGUUGUUUUCUGUUACUGAAUGUGCCCAUAAAUGUACUCCCUCCCUCGUUGUAAGGAUAGGAAACAGUGUCCGUAUCUGGAAAAAACAGAUUUGUGGGAAACGUCUUGCAUGAGCACCAUUAAUGUCGCCUCGCUCACGUGAGUGACCUGAUGCUGAUUGUGCAACAGAUUUGUGGCAAGGUCUUAGGUCUUUGGCUUUUCUCCAUGUUCUCCUGUGUUUAUUUAUUAAUUUUUUUAUUUUAAGCUCAGCUUUUUAGCACAGCCCCUGAGCAGUUCUUCAGUUUGAAUAGACUUUCAAGUGUCAAUUGGGUUUCUCUUUUAUUUGGGAAGCUAGCCAAGCACUACAGGUAUCACCCUCUAGCUGAACGUAUACAGUAAACUGUACAAAGAGUGGAAGAAUGCCAACUUAUAAUGUAAGAAGGAUCGCUUCUUCUCAUUGAUGUCUUUACCUCAGUUCAGUACUUUUUUUUCCUAUUUUAAAAUUUUCUUGUGAUGACAAAGUCUUCCUCCACGUACUUAGAGGGUGAAAGUAGGUUUAAAGAAUUUUUUCAGAAUUCAGCACAUAUCACUUAAGUUAUUAUAACCCAUGUCCAUAUCUUACUCCUCACAUUCAGUUUAGUUGAAAAACAAUUGUUUACAUUGCGUUUGUACCAUAGCACAGAUGACUUUAGUGGGCACUUUCAUUACAUACAUGGCUUUUUAUCUUUUUUUUUUUUUUAACCCUUAUUUUUGUUAGCAUUUAAACUUCAUCCCCAGAAACACUCAGAACACCUGAUUGACAUUGAAAGUAAUGGAUCUGUAAUGUUGUCUUCGGCAAAGGUGCAGAACAAACAAGCCUUGUACAGUUUGAGAACUCGUUUGUACUUGUAAAAUGCUUUUGGAUACUUUUUUUUCCUCUCUUUUAGUUUCUCUUCUCUAAUUCAUCUGGCGACUCUCUUUAGCCGAGCUGUGUCACAUGACCUUGAUGCGUGUGGCAGCAGGCUCAAUACUGUGAAACUGGAGGCGCUGUAGAUAGCAUGCAAGAGGUUUUUAUUGUAAAUUGUUUAUUUCUGUAUAGAUCAAAGGUGAAGAGUACAAAUGACAAAACACCUCUUACACAUCUGUGAGUGCUAUGUGUUAUUUCAGCUGUGGCUGGAAUACUGAAAACUUCUUUUGUUGGCUUUGGAGCUGUUCAGAUUUUUUCUGUUUUCAGGUGGCAAACAGUACACCUGAGACUAAAGAACAAGGAAUGUGGUUGUGAGAUAUGAGCCUUUUAAAUCAUUUUAGAAAAAUAUUAAAUCCCUUCCAAUUCUUAGCUGUUAGGGUUUACCCAUUAUUUUCUUUUGGUUCAAGUAUAAAACAGAGUAAUUGCCAUUGAAGUUUCCAAACUGCUAUGUGGUUAAAAUAUUAGCAAGACUGUAAUCUAAGUAUUUUUCUGUAGAGGGUUUCAUUCAUUGCAAAAAAAUUAAUAUAAAUUACAAAUUAGAGCUAGAUCAAUGUUUGUUUUUACUUAUGUGGUAAACUCAUCAUUAAGCUUGUUUGAGGUAACUAUGUAGUUUCAAUCAUGUUUACUUUCCUAUCUUCAACUCUUAAAGACACAGGUAAGUCUACAUGUUAUCUAUAAAUAUGGCUAAGAAAUAACAGCAGAGUGAAAAUUGAUGUGAAACCCCUUACAGAAAAUUGUAUUGAGAACUGAAGCGUUGUGAAAAAUGUCAAUAAUGCAGCAGACCAGCAUAUUCAGCGCUGAUGAUAGAAAUGUGUUCCUGCUUGGUGAACUGGGUCAAUGGUCUCCUCCCUGAGACUUUGAGCAGGUUUUAUUGUUGUGCGUUUGCAGGGUGUGGUGACUAAAGUCUUGCUUUAUGAUUUCAUACCUGGCAGUAGACUUGUCUAUUUGACCUAAUAUGUAAAUGUGCUGUUAUCAGUAAUUAGCUGGGAUUGAAGUUGUUUAUUUGGUUCAGUUUUAAUGAUGGGUACUGGAUUUCCAUAAGUAACAGCCAACAAUGUAAUUAUUAAUGACCUUUUGUUUCUAACCAUCACCUAACGCAGUUGUCUGUGAUGAACUAAUGCCUUGUAUAUAGGUAGAACAACCUUAAAACUAGAAGAAGCACUUUGGCUGUGGUUAAUUAGAAUUACUAAUUUCCUUAGUUGGAAAAUUUCACUGUUCUGAUCAGAGGUAAUUAAGUAAAUACAGAACUGAUAUAAAUUCCACAUUGGCAUUUAUCCACUUCCUUUAUAUGGGCUCUUAUUUUAUGCUAAAGCAAAAUAAGAGCACGUUUGUUACACAACUGAAUCUUGGAAUGACAUCACUUCCUUCGAAGUUUGAAGCUUGUUUGCUACGCCAGUGAAAUGGCUCCAUCUUGUGGCCAUGGUAGAAGUAUUAAAAGCACAUCUCAACAGCUGAGGCUUGUAAACAGUUUCUUUUAUCAGCUGAGGCUUGUAAACAGUUUCUUUUAUCAGCUGAAACACUGCAAAAAAUUUUUCUAUCUAGUUAAAUUAGGAAAACAAAGACCCCUAAAAUAUUUGCAACUGAAUUACAAACGUGUUCACUUCUAGCUAUGGAGUUUGGCCUGGAAGUUACAUGCUUGCAAACAUUUUGUCAUUUUGUGUCACUGGAAUGUUGUUUUCCUCUUUUGUCAUUUGGGACUGUGGAAUAAAACGAGAGCAAGACUAAAGAUUGUAAUAUAAAUGUGCCAACAAAUAAACACCAGUAUUUCAAUUUC